AUGGCGUUCCAGUCGCCCCGGCAGUCGCAGAACUUCUUCCAGUUCAACCCCUCUACCCCUCCUCCGCCGCCGCCUAAGCCCUCAGCGCACUCGAGCGGCACCGCGACACCGCAAACCGGGCCUCCACUGCCUCCCCCGCCGGGCCAGACGUCGCAGCCUUACGCCCAUCACCCGCAAGCACCUUCCCAGACGUACACGCAAAACCCGUCGCAGGCAGAACCCGACCAACUAGCCGUUCAACCGCCCGAAGAUGGUUGGCUGCCGGAUGUUUUAAAGGACAAGUCGACCGUGCAUCUCCACCACGUGCUGCAGACGCCCGACCUCCAGCACGCGAUUGUCCACAAUCCUGAGACAACGCAUCCCUCGAUACCCGCGUCGACGGCGCCGUUGCAGGCAUUGCUGGCCCAGAAUGUUGCGCUAGCGGAGUCGCUCAAUCAACUCGAAGCCCAUCUUCAACACCAGCGCGAGAGCACGCAAUCGCGGCUGCUGUCGCUACGAGCACUCGAGCGUCAAUGGAGGGCGAAGCAGGCAGAGCAGGAUGGGGCAUUACGGGAAUUCAGCCCACCAGCGUUGUACCAGCGCUUGAGUGCUGCCGUCGGCGAGCAGGAAGCGCUAUGUCGAGGGCUUGAAGAGAGCUUCUUGGAAGGGGAGGGCGCUGACGGCACCGGUGCUGUCGCCAGUGACCGCGAAGUGACCGAGUUCGUGAGGAGGCUGAGAGAGGGCCGCAAGAUCGCCUACCUCCGUGCCGAGCGAAAGGAGAGAUGGGACGAAGGCAGAGUCGGCGGCUGGCGGUGA